AUGGGAGAUGAAAAUUCGAAGACGGAUAAGGGAAUCAACCAAUCGGAUCCACUCGCUUUACACCAUUCCGAUCAUCCCAGUUUGGUUCUCAUCUCUAAAUUGCUCGAUGGAAAUAAUUAUGGGCAAUGGAGCCGCGCAAUGCGAAUCGCUCUAAGUGCCAAGAACAAGCUUGGUUUUAUCAACGAGACAGUUAAGGCGCCGAAAAAGACUGACGACAAGUUUCCGAUAUGGGAACACUGCAAUUACAUGGUACUUUCAUGGAUCCUUAACUCUGUUCAUUCUGACAUUGCUGGUAGUAUUAUCUACACAGAAUCAGCAGCUGAGGUGUGGAAUGAUAUAUAUGAUCACUUCUCACAAGGGAACGACACCAGAAUUUUUGAAAUUCGUCAAGAGAUUGUGGAACAUCGACAAAGACACCAAUCUGUAUCAUCCUACUACACCAGAUUGAAGACUUUUUGGGACGAAUUAGCUUCUUAUCAUGACCCAAUUAUCUACAACUGUGGAGGUCUCAAAGGUCUCACCGAAAGAAAAGAGAAGGAAAGGGUUAUGCAAUUUCUCAUUGGAUUGCAUGACUCGUUCUCUACAAUUCGUGAUUCCAUACUCUUGAUGAAUCCUCUUCUCGACACUCGGAAGGUUCAUGCUCUCGUUCUGCAACAUGAGAGACAGAGUGAAGUGGCGGCCAAUAGAGACACUGCUGGAUAA